AUGAAGUUCGUGGCGGUCCUAUUCCCUGUUGCUGUUGCUGUACUGUUGGACACUCUGUUCUAUGCCAGUUCCGGACGGAAGCACCUUUUGGAUUCCCUUUUUCGGACGGUUGAUGACACGGAACCAGCGAAGGAGUGGCUGACUCUGCGCAAGACACUCAAGCUUGACGACGUGAAAGUUCUUGAAUACGGAGGCGCUGUGCAGGUAAAGCUCAACACGAUGCACCGUUUUGAUCUGCGUUCCCAUCCGUUUUGCACCGUUAAACAAAGGAUCGUGAAGUUGCUGAGUGACGAUGACUACGUCGACAUUGCAUGUCUAGGAUCGAACUGUGGCGGAAAGUGCGACCUGGCGGCGGCGAAGAAGAAACAGAAGGAAGGAAAGAAUCUUUCGCCCAACUCUUGUUCUCGCCCCCUCGGGCUCCAGUUCCUUGACCCGGAGGCUGCGGCAGCUGGGACUGACAAGACACUUCUUGUGUGCGACGUUUUUCGCGGUCUGCUGAAGGUCCACGUCCCCCCCGGUCAAUAUCGGAGAGAUCGCCACGAGCCUUCCCACUUCGAUGUGCUCCUUAGUGAGGCGGACGGAAAACGCCCGUACUUUUCAAACGCUUUGCUGAAGCAUGGCGAUUAUGUGUAUUUCACAGAUUCUUCGCAAAGCAACAACUUUGGCACGAAAGGCCGCAUCAUCCUCGAACCUGAGCCGACGGGCCGGCUGCUGGAGUUCAAUCUCAAAACAAAACGCGCCACGGUUGUGCUGGAAAGACUGGCCUUUCCCAACGGUCUCGCUUUUACGCCCAGUCGAGACGCGAUUCUCAUGGUGGAAACCAAGACGCGAAGCAUCAAGAAAAUUCACAUUGCGGGACCUCGGAAAGGCCAAGUCAAGGUGUGGGCCAGCGAUCUACCGUUCGUCCCCGACAACAUCACCGAGCUGCCGAACGGUCUGGGGUACAUCGUGGGUUCUGCGUUCGUGAAGAAGUUUCCUUCGUCGAUCCAAGUCAGCAGCCCCUCUGUCGCCUUGUCGAUUCUCAAGGCGCUACACCGACGCGUGGCCAACGGCCUGUUUUUCACUCACCUCCAGACUGUCGGCGAGAUUCUCUAUCCGCUAACAGAGUUCGAAGCGUUUAGCGUCGCGCUGGACUGGCUUCUGACUCACCUGGGUGGCGGCGGCCAUCUCUUUCACCUGGACACACAGGGCACAGUUCGACGCUGGAUUUCGCUGCCUCGGGAGUGCUCGGCGGUGUCGGAGGGGUUUGUGGCCAGUUGGGGGAAGUUCCCGUCCGCAGGGAGCGUGGAGCUCUCCGACGUCUCCCACUUCUUGCUGGCAGGCUCGUUCGCGAAAAACGGAAUCUGCAAGAUCCCACUCAGUGCUCUGGUUGAUCCGAAGUAG